UGCUAGGCCAAGCGAAACCAAACAAACCUCUCUCUCUCUUCUUUCUAUAUUCUCCAUCUUAAAAUACGAGAAAAAAAACCAGUUUUGAGAAGGAAAUAUAUAUGAAAAAGAGAAGCAGAGUGUCAAAUCUGAACAGGAUGUCGAUUAGACGUAUCUAUCGAUGCCUUAAUGUUCUCAUCAAAAGAUCAAGUCCUUUCUUUGUAUGAUCCAUCACAAACCCGUACAAAUACAAACUCUCUCUCUCUCUCUUCUCACUUUCACUCUAGCUUCUGUUAUUACAAUCAAGAAUCAAGAAUGGUACGGACACCGUGUUGCAAAGCAGAAGGACUGAAGAAAGGAGCAUGGACUCAAGAAGAAGACCAAAAGCUCAUUGACUACGUUCAACGUCACGGUGAAGGAGGAUGGCGAACCCUUCCCGAUAAAGCUGCUCGUAGAUUACCAGGAAGAACAGACAACGAGAUCAAGAACCAUUGGAACACCCACAUCAAGAAACGUCUGCUCAAGAAAGGUAUAGAUCCGUUGACCCACAAAUCCCUUCUUGAUGGUGCCGGUAAAUCAUCUGACCAUCCCGAGACACCACCGGAUAAAAGUAGCGUUCAUCAGGAGGAAGAUGAUCAGAAGUCAACCAAAAAUAAGUCGUCAGGAUCAUCAUCAGCUCGGUUCUUGAACAGAGUAGCAAACAGAUUCGGUAAGAGAAUCAUCAACCACAAUGUUCUGUCUGAUAUUAUUGGAAGUGGUGGCUCGCUUACUAGUCACACUACUCCUACUACAAGUGCUUCUGAAUGUGAGAAGUCAACGAGCUCUUCCUCCUCACCAUCCCCUUCGAAUCUACUCAUUAACCAAAACAUGAACCUCGAUGCAACAUCUUUGUCAUCGUCCACGUUUUCUGACUCCUCCGAUCCGUUAAUGUACGACAACAUCUUCGAUGACAUUGAAGAUAUGACGGGGUUUUCAUCAAGAUUUUUAAGUGAUGUAUCUCAUCAUGAUGAUGAAGAUUUCUUGAUGUUAGAUGAGUCAUGUUUGGAGAACACUUUGUUCAUGAAGGAACUUACAAUGAUUCUUCAAGAGGAUAAAAUCGAAACGAAGUCGUUUAGUGAUAGCCACGUGACGCCGGUCGUUGAAGUUGACGACUCCUUUGACGAGAUCGACAACUAUUUUGGA